AUGGCUGAGAAUGUUGUCGGUCUCAACGUUCAAAAAGUCGUCGAACCAGACGCAGACCCAGUCCCGGGUAUCCGCGAUGUAGAAGGACAACAUGUACAGGGCAAAGCCGUAAACAAGUCCCUCGACUCUCCCCGCGUCCAGUCGCUGCCCGAAUCGCUUGAUGAAGCUGGCCCCGUUAUCGAUUACGAGGCCUAUCCGCCUCCGACCGAAGAAGAACGGAAGACGUUGCGUAAAGUCAACGAUUCUAUUCCUCUCGCUGCCUGGUCUCUUUGCUUUGUGGAGCUGGCCGAAAGAGCUUCUUACUAUGGCGUCAAAGCUGUUUUUAACAACUAUAUGCAGUUUCCUCUCCCGGCUGGCGGCCCCGGAACCGGUGCUAUUGAUAAAUCAAAGCCCAACUCCCACGCUGGUGCCUUGAACCUUGGCAUCCAAACAGCUUCUGCUCUGGGUCUCCUAUUCACCUUUCUGGCAUAUAUCGUUCCUAUCUUUGGCGCGUGGCUUGCAGAUGUAAAAAUUGGCCGUUAUAAAGCUAUAAUCUGGGGUGUGCUCGUAGGAGGUGUUGCCCACAUAAUUAUGGUCGGAGGGGCUGCUCCGGCUUUACUUCAGGCUGGAAAAGGCGUAGCUCCUUUCCUCGUUUCUUUCUUAUUGCUUGCCAUUGGAGCUGGCAUUUUUAAACCAAAUGUUGCACCGACAGUGAUUGACCAGUACGCGUAUCAAAAAGAAUACACGAAGGUACUUGCAAGCGGAGAGAAAGUGCUUGUCGACCCCGAGACGACGGUCAGCCAUAUUAUGCUUAUCUUCUACGCCUUUGUCAACGUGGGUGCAUUUUUCAGCAUCGCCGUGGUCUAUGUCGAAAAGUAUCACAGCUUCUGGCUUGCUUUCCUCCUCCCAGGCAUCAUAUAUUUCUUGUUACCGAUCCUACUUGCCGCCAUGUAUAAGCGGACGAUUAAGAAGCCACCUCAGGGAUCCGACCUGAACCGUUUUGUGAAGAUCACUGUUUCAGCACUGAAGAUCAGCAAAGGAAAUAUCUUCUCGAAAAAUUUCUGGUAUAACGUGAAGCCUUCUGUUCUAGCAGAACAGAACAUCCACGUAGCCUACUCUGAGAAGGACGUGGCUGAUACUGAACGGACGUGGACGGCCGUGCGGAUAUUCGCUUAUAUACCUAUCUGGACCCUCAAUAAGUCUGAUGGCGCGCCUAAUGAUCUACUCGGACACUUUAAUCCUUUGGUGAUUCUUGUCUUUUCGCCAUUUAUGGCGCAGAUAGUAUAUCCCGCCCUGGAGCGUAGAAAGAUCAAGGUUGGCCGUAUUACUCGGAUGACAUUUGGUUUUGUGCUUGCUACUAUUUCCGGAAUAUUUGGAGCCGUCGUUCAGUUAUACGUUUAUAGAACGUCACCUUGUGGCUACUACGCUACCGACUGUGCUGAGGUAUCUCCAAUCUCAAUCUGGUGGCAGAUCCCAAACGUUGCCCUAGGUGCUAUGUCCGAAAUUUUUAUCAAUGUUACAGCGUACGAGCUCGCGUAUGCCCGUGCUCCGGAGCAUAUGAGGGCUACAGUUGUUGCCCUCUUCUUAUUCAUGACUGCUUUGAGCAGUGCCUUGGGUGAAAUUUUAAUCCCCGCAAUUACGGAUCCCACCCUUGUUUGGGCUUGGGCUGCUCCGGCAAUAGCACUUGCUGUUCAAACCGUUAUCUUCUGGUGGCAACAUCGCGGUAUUAACGACGACGCUUUCAUGAUCCACGAGGAGGAUUUCCAGCAGCUGGCUGACGAAACUAAAAUUUCAGAGAAGGGAGAGAAGUAA